AGCGGAAGCGGCGCGCAGCACGUGGGGGCGGUGCCGGCGCAGGGGCCGGUUCUUGGUUGUGUGUGGUGCUGCUGGCGGCCGGAGCGGGGCCGGAGCUUGGAUACGGCCUGGCGUCCAUGGAGGCAUCAGCGGAGCAGCCGGCCCCACAGCCCCUGCAUCCGCAUCCCGGGGACCACUGCAUCCAUGACGGCGACUUCGUGGUGCUGAAGCGGGAAGAUGUGUUCAAAGCCGUACAAGUCCAGCGGAGAAAAAAAGUAACUUUUGAAAAACAGUGGUUCUACCUGGAUAAUGCCAUUGGCCAUAGUUAUGGGUCAACAUUUGAAGUGAGCAAUGGAGGAAGUCUUCAGCUCAAGAAGAAGAAGGAAGAGCCUGCUUCAGAGACUAAAGAAGCGGGCACUGAUAAUCGAAAUAUAGUUGAUGAUGGAAAGUCACAGAAACUUACUCAAGAUGAUAUAAAAGCUCUGAAAGACAAGGGCAUUAAAGGAGAGGAAAUAGUUCAGCAGCUAAUUGAAAAUAGUACAACAUUCCGAGACAAAACAGAAUUUGCCCAAGAUAAAUAUAUUAAAAAGAAGAAGAAAAAAUAUGAAGCCAUUGUUACUAUUCUGAAGCCAUCUACCCGUAUUCUUUCAAUUAUGUAUUAUGCAAGAGAACCUGGAAAAAUUAACCACAUGAGAUAUGAUACACUAGCCCAGAUGUUGACAUUGGGAAAUAUCCGUGCUGGCAAUAAGAUGAUUGUCAUGGAAACUUGUUCAGGCUUGGUGCUAGGUGCCAUGAUGGAGCGAAUGGGAGGUUUUGGCUCCAUUAUUCAGCUGUACCCUGGAGAUGGACCUGUACGGGCAGCAACAGCUUGUUUUGGAUUUCCCAAGUCUUUCCUCCAUGGUCUUUAUGAAUUCCCCCUCAACAAAGUAAACAGUCUUCUAAAUGGAACAUUUUCUGCUGAGAUGCUGUCCUCAGAGCCUAAGGCCAGCACUCCGGUCGAAGAAAGUAAUGGUGAACAUGGGGAAAAACAGAUAUCUGAACAAGCCGAUGAGGACUGCAUGGCAGAAGGCCCAGAAAAUAACCCAGAGGAACAGAGAGCAACGGAAAUUGUUCCCCAGGACCCAGAGAAUAAGGAGCCUAAAGAAGGAAGCAAAAGAGAUUAUAUUCAGGAAAAGCAAAGACGACAAGAGGAGCAGAGGAAAAGACAUUUAGAGGCGGCUGCUCUGCUGGGAGAAAGAAAUGCAGAUGGUUUGAUCGUGGCCAGUCGUUUCCACCCCACUCCACUGCUGCUGUCUUUGCUAGACUUUGUGGCCCCAUCAAGGCCGUUUGUGGUCUACUGUCAGUAUAAAGAGCCUUUGUUGGAAUGCUACACAAAACUUCGGGAGAGGGGAGGGGUCAUCAACCUGAGACUGUCUGAAACCUGGCUCAGGAAUUACCAGGUUUUGCCAGAUCGGAGUCAUCCCAAAUUGCUGAUGAGUGGAGGUGGAGGAUACCUUCUCUCAGGCUUCACUGUUGUCUCGGACAGCCUGCGAGCAGACCCCAGCCUCAAGUCUUGUGCAAGCACUUUCGACUCAAACGAGGUUGAGGAGCCAGCAGCUAAAAAACAGAAAUGCGUGGGAUCUGGUUCUUAAGAGAAUACUGUUUGUUCCAAGGCGUUCUGCAGCUGUUAAUUACACUUGAAAUGACAUCACUAAACUGUUUUUCCUAUCCUAAGAAUGUGUGGACACCCAUGCCUGGGAAGAAAUAAGCCUCUCCUUUGCUUCUGAUGCAGAUGGGGUUCGUCAGCAGUGCAGCUCCGACGUGUGGUAAUGGUGAUGCAGCAGUCCUGUUUCUAUAACAGACUCCGAGUACUUCAGAGUACUCUGCAGAUACCUUGGGAAGGUCAACGUCUUGAGAGUGUUGAUAUGUAAGACUUUGUUUCUAUUUCAAGCAAAGAUGAAUAAUACAAGCUAGCUAAAACAAGAUGAGCAGUGAAAAGAAAUCCCCUCUCAUCCGUUCUCUUCAACCUAAGCAAUAUGGAUGUGUGAGCCUAUGAGAUUUAUAGUACCAAAAAUGUCUACCCUGUGCCCUGCAGUGGAAUAAGCCUUUUGACAUACUGGAUUUUAUUAUUUUAGUAGUUGACAGCCUGAGGAAGAUCCAGGUACUUCUUUUGCUGCCUCUCCCUUUUUUGGUGCAUAGAAAGGUGUAGUAAGUGCUUUUUUGCGGUGGUUCACCCAUCUUCUUUGUUCUAAAUAAAGUGAUUAGAACUUUUGUGUACUAUUAAACAGUUUUUCCCUCUCUAGAAAUGUGUAUCGCCGUAGGUAUCUAUACAUACACAUAGAUGUGUCUGUUUAUGUCAACACAGACAGAAUGUACUACCUAUAGAGGGGGAGAGAGCAAGAGAAUACACUGUCGAUUCGAACUGUGGUAAAGACCUGUGCAAGACAGACCAGCUCUCAGUGCGUUGGUAUCACUCCUUGUCAAUUGUCUCAAGUGCCUUUUUCUGGGAUUACUCACACUGGUCUCUGGGGGUCUGCUGGAGUGAGGUGGGUGGCCUUUAUCAGCUCAGAAAAAGUAUAAUCAAAUUACUUUACCAUCUCCAUUGUAAGAAAUAAAAAUGUCUAACUCAAGACUCUUGUCUGCUUGAGAAUCUUGAACUGCUCGCUAGAAUGUGCCUGUGGUGUUCAUGUCACCAUAGAAGCCUAUCCAGCCAGGAGCAUCUCGGAUGAAAAAAAGUGUUUUCCUAAUAGCAUGUGCUAUGGUUUUUAUCCUUUUUCCUCUAAUAAUUUCUUUUAAAGAAUAAAAGUUUCCUACUCUGA